CACGUUUUCGCCGUGUACUGUACCUGGUUCCCUCCAAGGGUGGACAGGAUUCAACUUUCCUUCCUCACCCCCCCGACUCGGUGCUCAGUGGGACCGGUGUCGGUGUUUGCACUGCCGUUGACUCCAGCUCGUCAUGUCGGACACAUGGAGCAACAUCCAGGCGCACAAGAAGCAGCUGGAUUCUCUGCGGGAGAGGCUGCAGCGGCGGCGGAAAGACCCGGCUCAGCUGUCCGCGGAUGCUGGAGGCAGCACAGACGGCUCCACAGCCAGGAGUGACAGCCCGGCCCCGUCAGCUCCAUUCACCUCUCAGGAGGAGACAGAAAAACCACCAGACCCUGAACUAGAGAAGAGGCUGCUGGGAUAUCUGUCUGAUCUGAGUCUUACACUGCCGACAGACUCCCUUUCCAUCACAAAUGAACUCAACAGUUCAGAAACUGCUGUUAGUCAUGGGUGCAUCCAGAGUCUGCUGCUUAAGUUCUCAGCUCAGGAGCUCAUUGAGGUCCGAGAGCCCACCUCAGCUUCUUCUUCUACAACUUCCUCCUCCACGUCUUCCUCCACAGUGGUCAUAGCUGUGGACCACACAAAACUUUGGGCUAUGAUUGGAUCUGUAGCUGGAGCCCAGAGGACUGGAGUUAAGAGAAAAGCAGAAGACCAGAUGCACAGCAAAAGGGCUGCAGGCUUCUCACCUUCUCUUCAGAGCUCCGCUUCUCCUCCUCAUUCAUCAUCCACGUCACUGACGCCGGCCUCCUCCUCGCAGCCGGGGCCUUCGGCGUCAGGAAGUGGGAUGGAGAAGAAGGGCAGGAGCAGUAAAAGCCAGUCGUCUCAUUUGGACAUGGAGAUUGAAAGCCUUCUGAACCAGCAGUCCACCAAGGAGCAGCAGAGCAAGAAGUUAAGCAGAGAGAUUCUGGAGCUGCUGAACGCCAGCACAGCCAAGGAGCAGUCCAUCGUGGAAAAGUUCAGAUCUCGCGGCCGAGCUCAGGUCCAGGAGUUCUGUGAUCACGGGACCAAAGAAGAGUGCAUUCGGGCUGGAGACACGCCUCAGCCGUGCACCAAGUUACACUUUCGUCGCAUCAUCAACAAGCACACAGACGAGAGCCUCGGCGACUGCUCCUUCCUCAAUACGUGUUUCCACAUGGACACCUGUAAGUACGUCCACUACGAGAUCGACAGCCCCCCAGAGACUGAAGGGAGCCUGCUGGGACCCCAGGCGGGGACGGCAGAGCUCGGUCUCCAUGCAGAGGACGCAGACAGCAAUGUGGGCAAACUCUUCCCUGCACAGUGGAUCUGCUGUGAUAUUCGCUACCUGGACGUAUCCAUCCUGGGUAAGUUUGCAGUAGUGAUGGCCGACCCUCCCUGGGAUAUCCACAUGGAGCUGCCCUAUGGUACUCUGACUGAUGACGAGAUGAGAAAACUUAACAUCCCCAUCCUGCAGGAUGACGGCUUCCUCUUCCUCUGGGUCACUGGCAGGGCUAUGGAGCUGGGCAGAGAGUGUCUCAGCCUAUGGGGUUAUGAACGUGUGGAUGAAAUCAUUUGGGUGAAAACAAACCAGCUCCAGAGAAUCAUCCGCACAGGCAGGACGGGUCAUUGGCUGAACCACGGAAAGGAGCACUGCUUGGUCGGUGUAAAAGGAAACCCGCAGGGGUUCAACAGGGGUUUGGACUGUGAUGUCAUUGUGGCAGAGGUCCGCUCCACGAGUCACAAACCGGACGAGAUCUACGGCAUGAUAGAGAGACUCUCACCGGGCACCAGGAAGAUUGAGCUCUUUGGUCGACCUCACAAUGUCCAACCCAACUGGGUAACUCUCGGGAACCAGCUGGACGGGAUUCAUCUGUUGGACCCCGAGGUCGUGGCUCGGUUUAAGAAGCGUUAUCCAGACGGCGUCAUCUCCAAACCCAAAAACAUGCAGUGAUGACAUCAUCAUCACUGCUCAUGCAUCUGAAGAAGUUUGUUUUCAAACUGUUUUAUUUUUUUUUAUACCUGUAAACAUUUUUUAAAAAUA